GUCUACUGUAGUACAUAGUGUUAUCAUAAUAAAUUAUAAUUUUGUUCCCCAGUUGCAUGGGAGUGCUGAAUUUUCUUUUCUUAAAUUAAAAUAUCUUAAUGAUUAAAAAAAACCGAGUUUAAAAAUUAAACUGACUCCAAAAAAGUACCUACACUAAAAAGUAGAAAAAUAAUUUUACUUUAUUUAUUUAAUUAGGACAAUUAUUAUGACCAUGAUUGAUAUUCUCGGAGUCUGUGUCAGCCUGUCUCAAGAAACGUACUAAAUUUACCGGCACCGACUCCAAAAAUAUCAAUCAUAGUCAUAAUAAUUGCCCUAAUUAAAUCUAUCUAUACCAAUAUUUUCCCAUAUGUUCACGAAACUCUCUUGUGUAUCUCACAUUCUACCCUAACACACACAAUGCAUACAAAAACACGAAAUGUCCUUAAAGUAGGCCGCAAGCAACACCAACUCCUUCGCAAUAAAAUAGUUACACAGCACACUCUCAACAAUUUGGAUAAUUUAUUGAUCUAUGAGGCUCAAGCCUAUUCCCUCAAAAGUAUUGAAUUAUACGUGCCUUACUCUAAAAUAACAUUAUUUCUGUUUGAACAUGUACUCAGCUCAAUGUAUAAGAUAAUUAUUUUUAAAAUUCGAUAAUAUAACUGAUAAUAUCGACCAGUUCUCAGUGUCUCAUUCUUCAUUGUUGUUUGAUAUUGAAAAUUGUUGUAAAUUGAUACCUGAGCCACACUCUCAUCUGAAAAUAUUGCACCAAAAUAUUAGAAGCAUUACAUGUAACUUUGACGAACUGAAAAUACUCAUCCAGCGAACAGGCAUUGAUUGGGAUCUAAUUAUUCUAACAGAAUGUUGGCUACAGUCUGCUCACUAUAUACCAUCUUUGGAGGGCUACGGUUAUUGCAAGACUCUUGCUAACUCUACUCAAAACGAAGGUGUGGUAAUUUAUUUUAAAAACCAAUUAAAUACUACAUGGGAAGAGUUGGAAAUAUCAGAUUGUAAUAGUAUCGCCUUGAAAAUUAAUGAAGAGACAGUGAUAGUGGCUGUUUAUAGACCACCUGGAUAUAAAAACCCCACCAAAUUCAUAGAUUCAUUAAGUAUCUCACUUACUCAAUUCUCUCGCUUCAAAAACACAAUAUUGGUUGGUGAUAUAAAUAUUGACAUUGCCGCACAAAGCAGGGACCCCAAUUCCUCAUAUUAUCUAAACUGUCUAGCCUCACAUGGUAUGUUACCAGCCCAUUGUUUCCCUACACAUUCUAAAACGUGCUUAGACCACCUAAUUCUGAAAACCAAACUACAGGCAUCGUGCUAUGUAGCAGAGACUUCCCUAACCGAUCAUGACACUAUCUUAUUUACAUUAGAGAUUAAUCAAAAAGGUAAAAUUUUAUCUCAUCACAGCAAAAAGCAAAUAAAUUAUGAUGACCUGGAUGGGGAUAUUGAACGGCUUGACAUGAGCAUCAUAUAUUCUAUGGACGAUGUUGAUGAGGCGGUUUCAUUUUUAUUAGAUUCAUUAAAUAAAACUAUUGAAAAUAAUACUAGGACUAUAAAAACCACUAAUCGUAAACUAAUUAAGAAGCCAUGGAUCACACCGGGCGUUUUGAGAUGCUUAAGAAACCGUGACAAGCUCCACCAAAAAUGUAAAAAAUAUCCACAUGAUGACGUAAUUAGAAUAACUUAUAAAAGGUACAGGAACUACUGUAAGGACUUGAUCAUAAAGCUUAAAUGUGAUUACGAAAAGACAAUAUUAACAGCUGCAGCUAAAACUAGUAGUAAGAAGCUCUGGGACACAAUAAAAAUGGUAACAAAUACAUAUAAACAAAAAGACAGCGCGGAUGUUCUAGUAAAUAAGUCUGACCCUAUUUCCUCAGUGGAUCAGGUAAAUUCGUACUUUGUGGGCAUAGGGAAAACUCUGGCGGAAAAGCACUGUGACCACAACAAUGCCUCUGCAGCUCAUAAUACUAAACACAAUCCUAGUUCUAUGGUCCUUAUUGAUGCGAGCUGUGAUGAAAUAGAAUUGAUAAUCAUAAAUUUAAAAUCGGACUGCGCGGUGGGUCGUGAUAAUAUAUCGGCUACAUUUCUUAAGAGAUACAGAAAACAGCUGGUCCCCCCCAUCACAUUUGUCUGCAACCUUGCAAUAAAAACCGGUAGAUUUCCUAAACGUUUUAAAUUAGCAGAAAUCCGUCCGAUCUUCAAGAGCGGUGACAGAGAAUCCUAUAGCAACUAUAGACCAAUCUCAAUAUUGCCAACGAUCUCUAAAAUAUUGGAAAGAGUUUUAAAUAAGCGCCUUAACAACUUCCUAGAGGAAAAUAAAUUGCUAUCCUCAUCACAAUAUGGCUUUCGAUCAAAACGCUCUACUCACGACGCAGUGCAUGAAUUGACAAACUUUAUUGCCCUUAAUCUGGACAAUAAGAAAAAAGUGGUCGUUAUAUGUCUAGAUCUGGCGAAAGCGUUCGACACGGUCUCUGUCCCGCUCUUGUUGAAAAGACUGGAGCAGAUUGGAGUGAGGGGGGUGCAGUUGGAACUGUUUGCCGACUAUUUAUCGAAUAGGUACCAGAGAGUGAAGAUUGGCAAUUACUGCAGCCAUGAUCUCCCCGUAACGUAUGGAGUUCCACAGGGCAGUGUGCUUGGCCCUACUCUCUUCCUUACUUACGUCAACAGCCUAUGCGAGCUCGAGAUUGCCAACGGGAAGAUCAUCGCUUUCGCAGAUGAUACAGCGCUCCUUUUUCAGGGAGAUUCGUGGUCGGAUGUGUUUGAGUCAGCGCAAAGGGGAUUUAAUGCUGUUACUAAAUGGCUAACCCACAACAAGCUCACACUAAACACUGACAAAACCAAAUAUUUAGCAUUUGCCAGUAGGAAGACUACCCUACCUGAAUCGGACACUCUGUCAAUAGUAGCUCACCACUGCCCGAGGGAUGUGGAUAAUGUGAACUGUUCUUGUCCCACACUCUCUAGGACUAACACUAUCAAAUACUUAGGAGUAAUGAUAGAUGACACCUUAAGCUUCAAUCCCCACAUUACUCUAUUAACAACCCGAAUAAGGAAACUAAUGUAUAUUUUUAGGAAUCUCCGCCGAGUCGCCAACACAGAUGUAAUUAAAAUGGUUUAUUAUGCAUUAUGUCAAUCCUUGUUGACAUAUUGUAUAACCUCAUGGGGCGGUGCACCUAAAUCAUCAAUGUUGCAUUUGGAGAGGGCUCAGCGUGCAAUUUUGAAAAUAUCAUGCGGCUCCUACCGAGUUUUCUGUGCCUUGUGGUGAUACUUCACUGCUCUUAUGCUCCACCUGUGACUCCAGAGCAUAAAGAAAGUGAGAUCAAAGAUGACCUUG